CUAGAGAAAGCGAGGCGGGCGGGCCAAACCAAGUGUCCCUUGAAACGCGUCCGCCACGCAGCCUGUCUCGGCCGCCCCGGAGGGAUGGUGAGGUGCGGGGUGGCUCCUCCGGCGGACGUUGCCCGACUGGCCUGUUAAGGUGCGGCUGGGAGGCUCACCUGCAAAGCGGGCGGGCGGGCGCCUGAAGGUCGGCCCCGGGCUCUUGCCGCCGGCGGCGCCGGCAACAGCUGCCUGUUGCAUUGGCAGCGGGAGUUCCCCGGGGACUGGAGCCGGCUACCUGCGCUCUCCGCCCCGCAGGGACACUCGCCGCGGCUCCCCCUGCAGGCGCGGGCCCUAGGGCGGAGGGAGCCUCGCAGAUUCCCGCCCGGAGCCGCGCCGCCAGCGCCCCGGGGACUUCCCUGCCUCGCACGUGGUCGCAGCCCAGGUGAGCCGAGCCGAGCCGGAGCGGGGAGCUGCUGCCUCCUUACGGUGUCCGGGCGCCGGGAGAAGAUGGCUGACAGCACCGCGGCCACGGGCUCCUGGUGGAAAGCGCUGACCAGCAGCAAGAAAAAAACCAAAGAGGGGCCGGUGGCCGGAGCGCCCCCGGCUGAGCCCGCCCUGCCGCCGGCGCCCCCCGGCCCGGACUCUCGGGAGAACCAGCAGCCCAACUUCAGCAGCAGCGAGCCCAAGUUCGGCGAGAAGCCCGGCGGCGGCGGCGGCGGCGGCAGCAGCCGCAGGAACCUGAAGAUCUCCCGCUCCGGCCGCUUCAAGGAGAAGCGCAAGGUGCGAGCCCCUCUGCUGGCCGAGAGCCCCAAGCUGUUCGAGGGCAGCGCGCCCAGCCACGCCAGCGAGGAGAGGCAAUAGCUGGGGCUGUUUGCAGCCGUACAGCCUCCGUCUGAGCGAGACUGGCCCCUGCAGCCAGUCCCCCAGCUCUCGCUCCUCCACCACCCAAGGAGCCGUGACUCCGCGUGGGCUAGAGGAGGAGACACCUGCUGCUUCGGAAACGCCUCGGGUGCCUCUCGUCGCUAGGAGGAGGCCUUCUCUCCCCAGGGGGCGCGGUGAGCCCGCCGUAACCAGGGCAGGGAUGAACCUCUUCUCUUGUUCGGAUUCCGAAUUUUGGAAACAAAAAUAAUCCCAGCGCCCUGUGUCUCUGUUCCUGGCUGCUGCACUUUGGACUGGAAUAUCACCCUCGCUGGCUGGAGCUGACCAGCGCUGCCCUGCUGCUUAUUUUAGGGGGUAGGGCGGGUACCUUUCUUGAUCAAAAAUAGCUCAAGCAAACGGGGAUGAGUUUUAAUAAUGAAAUAAAGCGGAAAUGUAAAUGCAGAUUUUCUUGGUCGGAAUUAGAAUGUGCAAAGACGCUAGGAGCGUGACUAAGACAAUGCACUGCCAUAAAUUACGCGUGCUGUGUAAAUUAACAACGCUUAUAAACCAAAGUCUAGGAAGAGGAUAGGAACAUGUUCUAUUACAUUCACAAUACAGUAGACUAUAAUAUGUUGUAGUGUCAGCACCAGGGCAACCUAUGUCCCUCCAGACGGCUAACCCCCUCCCCUUUGCAGUCGCUUUUCCAAAUGGGUGGCUAUCCUUUCUCAGCUUUCUGACCAAGGGUAUUGUUAAUUGCUCUAAUACACUAACAUAUUCUCUCUUUUAAAGGGAAUGAGAUUGAAGUAUUCUUACCUAAAUUCAAGGCCAAGAACUUCCAGGGGUACCUGUAGAUCUCUAACAAUCAUGGUCCUGUUUGCCUCUAGUAGAUACCUCAAGCAAAAGAGUAAACGAAUCCCUCUUACAUUCAGUGAGUUAUAAGAGGGUUAUUGUAAGUGAGAGGCACUUGGGUUCCCCUGCUCCUAUCUAAGUGUUAGGAUUUGCCUCUUGCAUAUUGGAAUAGAAUUUCUCUCUCCAUCCUUCCCCCCUCCCACCAAACUUCUAGGUAAUUACAAGGAAUUGCUCAAGAAGUGAAUCUGUAAUUUUCUUGUAGAGAAGAGCUGUUCAGAUUUGUCAUUCAGCUCACUAAGGAAGGUACACAAUGCAUUUAGUAAUAUGGUUCUCUGGUAACUGAUGGCUUCAAUCUAAUGAAACUCAACCAAAGAAAUUGGGUGAUAAAAUGUAAAUGUCUUUUAGGGAGACAAUAACUCUGGUGAUGUUGAACAGAGUUGUGUUUAGUAUGUUUGCAGCCAACACUGAAAGCAAGAACGGUCAUUAACAUGUAAAUGGCUAUUGGUGGUGAUGAUGGUGGUCUCAGCCUUUAUCCCUAUGAAAACAGGCUCAAGGUUCCCAAGGUUUCUGCUGGUUGCAAUCAAGCAUGAAGUGGAACUACUGAUUCUCCUAAUAACUGAAAUCUCAAACAUCCCUUGAGUUUUCAGAAAGGCCCUAUCACAAAGCAAACCAUUAGCCAAAACACAUCUGCUGAGAUGUAAUGAGGAAAACUAGAGUGGAAAAAUGUCUGUCUAUUUAUAGUAUCUAAGGUAAAUAAAACUGAUUUUGAAAACCUAAAACCAAACUAAACUAUGCAUAGUCAAAAUCGCUUUCCAUAAGCAGGACUAAAGACAAAUCAAUGCGGCAGAGACUGAAACUUCUUUCCCAACAUAUUAGAAACUUCUAAAAAUUAAUGUGUGGUUGUGAUAUUGAAUAGGCUUUACUCAGCCCUCCUGAAAUUCCAUGUACUAUGAUUUCUGAGUAACCUUAGUCUAGAUUAAGCAAGUAAUUUACUGUUACUGAAGUGGGACAACAGUAUACUUCUCUUCAGAAGAGUAAAUAGUGAAUGUUGUAAGUAGGUGGUCCAUUAACCUUCAGAUGGGGUUCUGUCUGGAGCAUGUAAGGCUAUGUCCUACUGAAAAGAGGCCAGGAAAGCCAGACUUCCCAGUUCUAUUGUGACAAAUUUCACUUACUCUGUCCACCUCUGGGGAUAUUUAGAAAUCUCUUGCCUGAGUAACUCUUCUAUUAUCAAAGAACUUGGUCAGAUCAAUGACUUUGUAACAGUGUGUGCUCAUAUUACUUUAUGCUGUUAAAUAGUCACUGUCCAUGCACUGUAAUAAUGCAACAUUUGUGGGGGAAAAGGCUUAAAUGGGAUUUUCCCUCCCCGUCCUCUACUGUUUCUAGAUAUAGCAGUCCCUCCUUCUCUCCCCCAUCCCUGCCACAGCCCACCCUUUACACAUAUAGAUUCUACUUAAAAAACAACCUCCCCUCCACUGACUUACAAAGUGAGAUCUCAGCAGUGGGUGUCCUUUUACUACACGAUCAUAGAAAUCUCUGGGUUACUCAGUGAAUUUUGACAAGUGGCCCACUGCUGUUUAGAAGUAGAGGGUGCAGUGCCAGUGCUAGCCCAUUGAGGGCCCUAAGCAGGAAUAUUUCCCCUCCAACCCCCAAUACAUAAUAAAAAGUGAAUGGGGGGGGCCUUGAGCUGCUUUGGGGACCCCAAGCAAUUGCUUAGUCUGCUUAUGCCUAGCGCUGGCUCAGUUCAUGUUACCUGAGCUUAUCAUACAGGCUCCCUGUCCUUGUUAAGGUGCAGCUGGAUAUUGAGAGAAUGUAACACUAUGUCCUUCUGAAAAGAGGCCAGGAAAGCCAGUCUUCCCAGUUCCACUGUCACUCCUCUAUUACAGGAGUGGGUGGGUGAGAUUCUGUGGCCUGCAAAGUGCAGAAGAUCAGAGUAGAAGACUAUGAUGGUCCCUUCUGGCCUUUAAGUCUAUGAGAAUAGCAUCAGAGUACAGCUAAUUCCUGCACUACAUGGGAGAAGUCAGGGAAAGGAAGGGAAGCCGUCAUUAUUCCUUUGUAUUUAAGGCCUGGCAAAUCCUUUCAGGACAGCAAGAAAUUCAACAGGAUUUAGUGCUGAUUGGUGGGGCUUCCAUUUCUGACCCUACAGCUGGCUGACUAUGUAAUUUUUGACAAAUCACUUAGGGCCUCUGUGCCUCAUCUAUCUUGUAUAAAAUGAGAAUAAUCCCUACUGUUUGUACAACAUUUUGAGAUCAACAAUUGAAACUCUAGACAGCCACAAAAUAUUAUGUUUGGAUUCUUUAUUGUUGUUGUUGUUAGAAUUCGGCUAGGAUGUUCAAAAUGUUGCUGUUAGGGUUUAAUGCCAGUACUGGUCAACAUCUGACCAAUUAUCAAACAUCAUGUCAUCAUAUUUCUAAAGUCCCAUGUUAUAAAUGAGUAAGAGCUCAGAACGGGCAGACUGUGAAGUCAUUUUACCCCAAAACAGCCUGGAUAGCAAGAAUCUUCCUGUCUUUAGCCCUGGAGCUGGAGGGAUGGGGGGGAAAAUUUCGGACUCCAGCUCAGUCAAGCCCUUUGCUUCUCCACUGAGACUAUCAAAAGGAAAAGUGCUGUCAGUGUUGAUGGUGGCUUUUAACAAACUGGAUUUAUCCGAUAGAAAAUGAGCUGUGACCAUCAUUUCAUUGCACAGAGGCCAUCAACUUCCAGGUAGUAAUACAUUGUGCCACAUUUCCAGAGGUUCUGUAUCCUAUUACCAACCCCUAUAACCACUGAACCCACUGGUUUAAUUAGCAUAAGUGCAUCCAGAUUUUACACAAUGCUAGCAAAUAUGUCAUCAUAUUAAUUAUGCAAUAAUUGUAUGGAAUUCUUGUCACUCCUAAGGAGGCUUUCUUUCCAGUUUAGAGUGGGUGAGGGGGCAGUGCUGGAGA